UCGGUUGCGAGCGCAAAAAACAGUAUAAAUACCCCACCAAAUUCUUUUAAAAUCAUCGCAGUAACGGUCCGUACACUUCUGUGGUUAUCUGAAAAUCCGCUAUCAUGAAACUCUUCGGUGCAACUUUGGCCAUCAUGUUGGGCUUGUCCCAUGGAGCAACCAUUACAUUCAAUGGUCAACAAACCCUUCCUACCUCCGGUACUAUAACCAUCCAACAGUCCGGUACCCAGCAAGUGCAGUACCCUCAACAAGUGGUGACAUACCCCCAACAAGUGGUACAAUAUCCACAACAAGUUGUUACUCAAACAGUCGUCCAAAGACCCACUGGUGGUGGUGGUAUUUUAGGAGGACUUGCACAAGCUGCUGGUGGUAUAGUGGGAGGCGCUGCCCACGCUGCUAGUGGCAUCGCAAGCGGAUUUUUGAAUGCAUUUGGAAAAUAAAAUCAUAGUUCUACAUUCCAGCAGAAUUUAGUAAGCCUUCUUUGGAUGUUGAAUAAAAUAAAUAAAAAAUCAACCAACGGUU